AGGAAAAAAUAUUCGUCCUCUUUGACUUCGUCGAUUUUGACUCUUGGAUCUACUGCAUAUGAACAAUUGAAGCAUCCAGCGUCUGCUUAUCUGAAAACCUAAAACCCCCAAAUCUCUUUGCCUCUCCUGUCCGAAGCUUCUACAGCCGCAUCGAUCCAUGGCGGAAUCCGAUAAGGCCAACUCUCUGUCUGAGGAUUAUCUGCUCAAGGAUAUAGAAGAGAAGCUGAAGGUGGAGAGUGAACCUGAGGAGAAGAGUGCUGUAGUUGCUACCCCUGUUGAGUCUACACUGCUGACGAGGAUGUCACCCGACCCCACCCCAACUGAAGAAACCACUGAAACUGUUGAAGAAGGAGACACCCAAAACGAAACCCCAGAGAUUAAGCUGGAGACAGCACCUGGAGAUUAUCGUUUUCCAACUACAAAUCAAAGCAGGCAUUGCUUUACCCGAUAUGUUGAGUACCACAGGUGUGUGGCUGCGAAAGGAGAAGACGCGUCUGAAUGUGAUAAGUUUGCAAAAUAUUAUCGCUCACUUUGCCCGGGCGAAUGGGUAGACAGAUGGAAUGAGCAAAGGGAGAAUGGGACCUUCCCGGGUCCUCUCUAAAACCUCUAAAGUCAUUCAUUACAAUGAGAAAUGGAACUUAAUAAUGGCUUUGUCUUUGGUUCCAUGUUUUUUUUAAAUUGGGUUGGAGUCUAUGAACAUGUUCAAGACUUAAGAGAAAGACUCCCCCCAUCUUUUUUUUUUUUGUAAUUCUAAUAUCAUCAUCGAAGAGGCUCAUCUCAUGAUCAAAACAUGAUAUAAAAACUGCUUAAUAAAGAUUUCAAUCAAUUUGUUGUUGCUUUUUUUUGCAUGAAUCAAUCACAC